ACUUUCAUUUUGAGUCACAGUCAGUUUCACUUUAUGUUUUUACAGACAGAAGACGACAGACGCAAUAUACAGAGGAAAAGAGAGCAGUGAUCAUACAAAAAGUAAUUUGGAAGAAACAAAGAAUGUCUCCAAUAGUCGGGGUAUUUUCCAGGUCUGGCAAGGAAGAAUAUUCCUGGCUAACCCAAUCGCUUGAGUCUGUCGCUUCAGUCCAUCCUUGGUACAUAUCAAAUAGCAAUGGCAGCAAAUUGAGAGGAGAGGUCAAAAAAUGUGAUUUUGCUAUUUUGUAUCAUACAAAGAGGAGAGGAAGAGUCAACAUCACCAAUGUGACGGAUUCUCUGUAUGAUGAAGAGCUGAACAUAAUGUCACAAACACUUGGUAAAGAAAAAGUAAUUGUGGUGGUAGAUGAUCUGGAUGACAGUGGUCCUGGUGUAAAAAACAGAAUCCUACAAGAUCAGACAAAUAUUAGGGAUCAGGCCAGAGAUAUUUUCCUGUUCAGCACAGCAGAUAAGCAGAACAGAUCUGUGAUGGAAAAAAAGCUUGAAGACAUAAAGUAUAUCCUGAGACCGACCCAUUACAUACCUCCCAGUGACAUCAGUACCCCUAGAAACAGCGCCAGUAGAAAUGAUCGUUCAAUAGAUUGGUUGCUUGCUGUUUUUCUGGUAUUUUUGUGUGCUGGAUGGACCUAUAUUAUUCCAUAUGAUGACAUAUACAUUUUAUUUCCUAUGUCUGGGAUAAUCAUAUUGAACGCUGGUGGAUCAUUUUUUAUUCUUUAUGCUGCUUUAGAAUUAGAAACACUUCCAGUGCCAGUUAGUACCACAUAG